AUGCUCAGCGUGCCAGCCGACGCGAUCAUUUCAGAAGGUGUGGCAGGCCAAAGCUACCAGGCUUCGCACUGGACACUCGCAGUCGCCCAUCGCCUUGUGGAGGAGGACUGCUUGGGAUCCGACUCUCGCUUCUGGCCGUACGUUCAGCUUCUACUCGAGGGUGAGCCGCAUGAUCUGGAGAUCAUGGACCGUUUGCCGGGCGUUGCAGGGUCCCUGGCACGCGAAAGGGCCAAACUCCGCGCCUCGCAAGUCGCUGAAAUUUGUGCUGCUGUACCCGGCUGCACUCCCGAACGUGCAGCUCGCGCUAUGUACGCUGUGGAUUCACGGACGGUGUACUGGCAUCCUUCUCAAGUUCGAGCUUUAGUUCCAUACUUCGAUUUCGUGAACCACAGCGCUUCCCCGAACUCGCGGUGGAUCAUGAACUCCGACGGUUCUCUAAGGCUUCUUGCAACUGGACAUAUCGAGAUUGGCGAAGAGGUGACUAUUACGUAUGAUUCGAUUCCCAAUGCGCGAUUGCUGGUGACAUACGGUUUCGUGCUUGAGGGAGAAGGACCGCACAGGAGCGUGGACAUGAACCUCUCAUUCGGGCGGCUGCCAGAGCUGAACGAAGCUCUGGUUGGGCUCGGUGCAGCUCCAGGCGUGCAGGUGCAGAUUCUUGGAAACGGUGCCCUGAGAAGAAGAGCGCCGCUGCUCCAGCUGCUGCGCAGCCUCGGGCUCUCCGAGGCCUCCUUGGCAGAAGGCCUUGUGCAGCAGGUUUCAGCGGAGCUGGAGCAGUGGCAAGCUGCUGAUGCCCGGGGGGACGACCGUCUCGCCUUGCUGAUCCGCAUGAGCAUCGAGGUCUUGCAAAAUUUUCGUCAACGAGUUUCGUUCUGGAUGCAGGAAGCUCAAAUCAAGUCAAUCAUGGCUGCAUUGGGGCCGCCGCCAGAGGCUGUGGAAGUUCACAGCGCAUCAGAGGAUUCGCAGGACAGCGGGUGA